CUUCAUUACCAACGAUGCUGCUAUUAUCAUUCAGAGAAACCUUAAGCUCAAAAGCAGACUAAGGCCGACUUCUUCAAAGGGGGAGAGUCAAGUCGCCGAAGAGACGGGAUUCGAACAGGUUAGAGGUACUGUCACCAGAGAAGGUCGAGCCGCGAGAGGAGACAGAAGAGGUUCAUAUUGAGAGUGAAAAUGUGAAAGAUGAGGAUUCCAAGCCUGAUCCUGUUUCAACAACUGUGAGUUUACAGGCUCAGCGGAAGCAAACACCCGAAACUAAGGAUGUGAAAUCAACGGACUCAAAGAAAACUGAGAAUACACCUGCAGAUAAACAAAAGAGUCCAAAUAGAACUGUGGAUUCAGUGGAUAAUGACAAUAAAACGUCUCCUCAUAGGAAGGGGAUUUUGAAACCAGCCAAGGAGAACGGCAAAGUUAACGCGGAAUCGAUGGGGUCGAGCCCUACAAAACAGACAAAGAAAGACGUGAAAGAUGUGAAAGGUGUUCCUGAAGUCACCGCCGCCAAUGGUACAGCCGAUACGAAUUCUCACAACAGUGUAGAUUCUGGGGAGUUCUACCGGGCCAGCUCACAAAGGGAGAGCCACACGUCCGAACCACGGACUCGAUCCAGGAUGUCCAAGAGCAGCAGAAUACUGGCCCAGGAGGUACAGGCGAGUGUGAGGCGGUAUGAGGAGGAGAGACGCGCAGUCAGGGAGUAUCACCAGUUAAGGAGGGCCCAGAUUUACACCGGCCCCCUCUACGACAUCGCCCUCUUCAGCAGCAGCUUCCACCAGAACAACAGGGAAGAGGCUUUCGGUACCCAUGACAAUGACCGACCUGCCAAGAGGCAAACCUUCUACUCAAUGUCACAUUCCAGUGAACAUGUCAACGGUGACAUGGAGUUCUCGUCUCGGACUGACGAUCACACACAGGCGAGAGCUUCGGGAAAGGCUCAGAAGGCUAAAGUGAAGUCAGAUUCAAACCUUGCAAGACAGCCAUCAUUAACGAGGAAACCAAAGAAAAUGAACCAAAAAUCCAACGAGGACAGACAGCAGAAAGAAAAGGAUGUUGAACAUCUGGCCAAUCGGACCGAGCAGCUGUAUACUGACCUCAACAACAAGGCCGCUGCCAGUGUCCAGUCCGCCAAACAGAUGAACAAUGAACUCAGGUCUUCCAUUGACCAGGACGCUAACAGGGGCAAGAGGGCCACUCCACAAAACGGGCAUAGUAUUGAGAACGAAACGAAGAAGAGUCGCAGGGAACGACAGAGAGAUGAACAGAAACGCAAGGAAGAGGAGUUCCACCGUCUCCUGGUCAAGGCUUACAGACCGGACACGUGCUUGUCGGACCAGAAAGGUAAAGACGGAUCAGGGAGAGGCAGAAACUCGGCCAUGGGUCUAACCCGGUCUAAGACCAUGGUGUCUACACAGGGCACACCCUCCCACUCCAGACCCGUGUCCGUCUACUCCAAGCGCUCCACCGCCAGUCAGCCCCGCACUUCCAGACCUACCACCACCAUCAUGACCCCUUACGGCACACGCAGAGUUCCCACUGGGGAACAAACAGUCCUUCCUGUUAUUGACACGAAACAAGACGACAAGACGAAACAAAAUGGGAAACAUCCUCUGAAGGAGUCCGAAGUUUGACGACACUUGGCUCUAUCCUGAAGCCAGCUGGACUUCUUGUAACUGUUUAUUAAAGAUCUCUGUGAUAAUACUUGUGACUGUUUGCGUGAUGCCUAUGGCUGAUAGUGUGUGGAAGAAAUUUUAUGAAUAUUCGUGGAUACAAGAUGCAUUUUCAAAUCAGGAGUGUAGCUAGGUGUUUAAUGCAUAAAUAUAAACAACAAUUACAAAGUGAAAGGUUUUUUCCCAUUUUUUUCACUGAAUGAAAGGUCUUCUAUGUAGAUACACCAUUCCCUGUCCGGUGCUGAUGAUAACACACUGUUGAUUGUGGACAGUGGUGACAUUUAUCACUUCAUUGGUCACUUCAUUGUAAUUUUUAACUAAUUUGUGCAGACAUUUGAUUCAAAUUCCCAUGUGUUGCAGAUUAGUUGAAAGUCUUGAUCUUUCACCUUAGACAAUGAUUCUGAUAGUUUUAGAUAUUACGAGGAGGAAUGUUCACAGAACGGUGAGUCGACUGGUCAGUCGCCUGUCCUAGUUUUCGAUUCAGACUUGGGUCCAAUAUGUUUCGCCCUUUCGUCUUUUAGAAGCGACCUGUCUUAAAAUCAUAUAACAGAACCGUGAAAGUCGUACAUUGAACCUAUAUGUGACACUGUCCAGUAAAACCGAUUUCACUACUGACAAUAUGAGGUUUAUGUUUCCACGUAGUGGUUUUCUAUGGAGACAUAUAGCCAAUAUAUAGUUUGCCAAAGAUACACCUUCAGCAUCACUGGUGCCAAACCCCUGUAGAAGCAGCAUUAGUCUGGUUAGAACGUUGUAUCAUGUCUAAGCCAUGGUAACUUCUGGUUGCAGAACUGUUAGAGGUAUUACUUCAUGUACAUGCAAAGUUUAGGUUUGAUGUAUUUAUCUAUUGUUUCUUAUGACCCUCGACCCUUAUUAUUAUUAUGUUCAAAAUGAAUGAAUACCGCAAAGGGAGAUCUUGGUAGUGUCAAGUGUUGGUUAAGCUCAUCAGUUCGGGGUAUUGAUGUUGGUCAGUCUUGCUAAAAUUAUUACAUUAUCUAGAUUUCAUAUUUGCUAUAUUAUCAUUAUUAAUUGGUGUUCAAAUGUCUUAAAAUACAAUAUUUUGCACAUGCAAGACCGUCAGAUUCGCAAUGGAGUGACCCGCUUUAUAUUUCGUGCCCCACAGUUCGUGAGCAAAAAGAUUCUCGUGGUGCAUUAAAAUCAAGUUUAAUGUUACAGAUUACUGACCUUUUCUGAAAAUAUUCUUGAUCUGUAACCAUUCAAGAAACAUUGCCUCUCUCCUAUGCUGACUGACCCCUAAACACAUGUGUUAUUAGCGUUAACCGUUUGAAAUGAGCAUCUGUCAGCUAUGUGAAACCUCCUGGAUAUAUUGGUUCCAAGCGGAAUCUGUACUUGCAUGCAUGCGUUUUUUACACUCCACCAUUCCUAACUACGGAUACACGUUCGACUGACCAUACUUUGAGCUGACGAAUGAUGGACUGAACGCCAUGCCACCGCGGGCAUGUCACCGGUUGAACACUGUGUGCUAGUUCAGCAACCGACUCUACCACUGAAGUUCACGUUCAUUUGGUAGUCAUGACAGCAACUUGUUCCGUUGGUUGUUGUUUUGCAUACAAAUCAGUACUGCUGAAUUCAAAGUAGCUAUGCAAAUCUUUAGUUAUGCCACGUUCUUCGAUGUUCCUAUAUAUUUAUAUGCAUGUAGCAUGUCAGCAUUGACCUCUUUCGUUGUACACAUCUGAACAGCCAAACCAUUGCCCAUCGCGUGAAGACGAGUUGGGACCACCAGCUCGGACAUUGUCGAUUUUACCUGAUUUUAUUUAUCUGAUCGGGUAAUAUAACGAAUAUUUGUACAUACUGUUAAUUUAUAAUACAAUAUUUCAAAUGAA